AGGCCGUCACACAGCAGCUGGGCUCAAACUGCUGCUGCUUCACCGCGUCGCCUCUUUCCUGCUUUCAGCUCCGUCCUUCUCUGUUUCUGUGGACCAACCGGCUGCAGCUGGUCUCUGAAACAAGUCCAGGGCUGCCUCACCGAGAGGAAGAGGAGGAGGAAGAGGAAGGAGAAGAAGGAGAAGGAGGAGAAGGAGGAGGAGGAGAGGCCUGUCCGGAGCAACAUGGCGGCUGAAACCGAACAAAAGCAUCAGAGCUGACUCCAGACCCUCCUCUUCCUCUGAUGAAGAGGCAGCUCAGCUUCAGCUGUUUGGACGGAAGAGAAACAUCUGGCGGAGGAGAGGAGCUGUGCUGAAGAGCUGAUGCAGCAAAAUGAGUUCUGCACAAGAGAAAAACAAAAGCCGGCCUCACCGCUGUCAGCAGUGUGACAAAUCCUUCACAACAAAACAGCAGUUACAGCAUCAUGAGAGGAUUCACACUGGGGAGAAACCUUACGUCUGUCAGGAGUGCGGGAACGCCUUCAGCGUGUUGUCCACCUUAAAGAUCCACAAGCGCAUCCAUGACGACGAGAAGCCGUACUCCUGCGGCUACUGCGACAUGAGCUUCAGGUCGUCGUCCGCCAAGACAACGCACGAGCGCAUUCACACCGGAGAGAGACCGUACCGCUGCGACGACUGCGGCAAGAGCUUCAUCCGGCGGAAUUCGUUCCAGGUGCAUCGGCGGAUCCACACGGGAGAGAAACCACACCACUGCGAGGAGUGUGGAAAGAGCUUCAGAGACCCGCGGCUACUGCAGAUACACAAGCGGGAUCACACCGGAGAGAAACCGUACUACUGCGACCAGUGCGGCAUGAGUUUCAAGUCUCUGCCGUCGAAAUGGACUCAUGAACGCAUUCAUACCGGGAAGAGACCGCACCACUGCGAGGAAUGCGGGAAGAGUUUCUCCCGACCCUUCUCGCUACAGAUUCACAUGCGAAUCCACACCGGGGAGAAAGCGCACUGCUGCGACUACUGCGGCAAGAGCUUCAGGCUGCUGACGUCAAAGCUGACGCACGAGCGCAUUCACACGGGGGAGAGGCCGUACUGCUGCGAGGACUGUGGCAAGAGUUUCAACCAGAGAUGCUCACUGCAGGCGCACAAGCGCGUCCACACCGGAGAGAAACCCUACUGGUGUGACCAGUGUAAGACGAACUUCACCUGGGCGUACCAGCUGAAGAAACACCGGUGUGUUCAAACUGUGCAGAGCUCCUCCAUGGCCUGUGAGGAGGAAGAGGAAGAGGAAGAGGAAGAGGAAGAGGAAGGAGAAGAAGAAGAAGAAGAAGAAACCUCUGUCUGUCCAGCCACCCCAGGAAGCUCAAAUGUGUAGCAUUCAUGGAGGUCAUUUUAUCUUGGCCUUCUCCACUCGCGUUCCAGCUGAUAACAUUACCCAGGACCUUUAAAGGGAUAUUUCACCUGUAAUUUUGUAUCAGAUACUUGCCGUGUGCUGCCUUCAACUUAAUUCAUAUUCCCAAAACACCAGCUGUCUCUGGUCUAGUGGAAAACUAAAUUGGGUCUGCAGUUUUAUGAUUUUACAAAAGCAAAACUCUAUCAAAAAGUCCAGUCUCAUUGUGUAUACUUAUGUACACUACCAGUCAAAAAUUUGGACACACCUUCUCAUUCAGUGUUUUUUCUUUAUUUUUACUACUUCCUACAUUGUAGAUACUG